AUGAAUGCGAAAAAUAUAGAGGAUCUUGAUUUGUAUUCAAUUCUUGAUAUUAAAAUAAGUGCAACAGAAAGUGAGAUAAAAAAAGCUUACCGUAAGAAGGCUCUUCAAUGCCACCCCGAUAAAAAUCCUGAUGACCCUAAGGCAGCAGAGACCUUCCAUGAAUUGUCUCGAGCAUUGGAAAUUCUCACUGAUAAAUCAGCCCGUAACGCAUAUGACAAAGUAUUAAAAGCAAAGGAAGCUGCAAAGCUGAGGCAUAAGGAGUUAGAUAGUAAACGGCAAAAACUUAAAGAAGAUUUAGAAAGAAGAGAAAAAGAGGCAAAUUCAAGCAGUAAAACCAACCUAACAGAUGAACAAAAAUUAGCAGCAGAAAUAGAAAGGUUACAAAGGGAAGGCAGUAGAUUAUUACUUGAAGAACAGCAAAGAGUAAAAGAAGAAAUUAAAAGAACAAUGGGUCGUCUUAGUGAACCUGUGUGGGACUCAAGUUUAAAUCGAAUUAAAAUAAAAUGGAAUGCAUCAAAAGAAGACAUAAAUAAUGGUGGUUAUGAUGAAGUAAAUUUGAGGCAAUUUUUUAAAAAGUAUGGAGAAAUUGCAGCAUUAAUAGUAUCACCAAAAAAGAAAGGAAGUGCUUUAGUGGAGUUUACUACAAAGGAAGCUUCAGAAAUGGCUGUAGAAUAUGAAAAAGGUCUACCUGACAACCCCCUUACCUUGAAGUGGAUAAAUGAUAGGCCAAUUGUAACAACUAAAAAAGAUGUCAAUGAACCAUCCCUUGUGUCAGAUAGAGAUUAUGAAUCAAUAGUUUUGACAAAAAUGCGCCAAGCUGCUGAACGGCAAAGGCUAAUAGAUGAAAUGCUAAAAGAGGAUCAAGGAAAAUAA